CGGCUGGAUCCGCUCAGUCGGAGAGGGAACGUCGACCAGCGCGUAUCGUCACGGAGCAGGAAGGCGGCACAGCAGCAGCAGCGGCGGCCAGUGGCGCGAAUCCUGUAUGCGUUAUGCCGCGGUCGCUGCCGAGGCAAGAGCGAUUCUUUCCCGCAGCGAGAAGCAGCGAGGACCGUCACUUUGCGGUCGGCUAGAGUCAUCCGUGAAUUCGCGCGUCGUUGCGCGACAACGGCAGCGACGAGGACGAGGACGAGGACGAGGGAGCCUCGACGAGGAGCAGGAUUCGGCGGCGACCGCCGAUAAACUCGCACGGAGACCGAACACGAUGCUGCAGGGCGCGAGGUUGCGACGCGCGACGCCGAACGUCGCCGGCGAUGCAUCGCUGAUCUGAGAAGAGAGAGCGAGAGCGACAGCGCCAGGGCAACGCGCCUCACAUCCGUGGUCCCCGCAGCAGUUCCGCGGGGCGAUCCGGCUGGCCGGCCGGCCUCGUCGCGACCGAGUCGCAACUCCCGCCCGCCGUACCGGAGAACCACGUGAUAACUCCACUUCGGUCAUUGGUUCUCUGUGGUGAAAACAGACAAGACAUGGAAGAGUGGUUAAAUACAUUAAGAACAGUGACGGAGAAUCGUCCUCAGGGUGAUCCUGGAACUGCCGAGUUACUAGGAGGUAAUCAUCAGUGGUAUGUGACUAAUCAUGCCAGACCCACUUAUUGCAACGUUUGCAGAGAUGCUCUGCAUGGUGUUACUUCCCAUGGUUUAAGUUGCGAAGUUUGUAAAUAUAAAGUGCACAAGAGAUGUAGCGCAAAAGCAAUAAACAAUUGCAAGUGGACCACUUUAGCAUCCAUUGGGAAAGAUAUCAUUGAGGACCAAGAUGGGAACAUCACAAUGCCACAUCAGUGGAUGGAGGGGAAUUUACCAGUGUCCUCAAAAUGUUUUGUCUGUGAAAAAACAUGUGGCUCUGUACUUAGCGACGUAUUAUUUAGGCUUCAAGAUUGGCGGUGUCUAUGGUGCAGAGCAACUGUACAUACAGCGUGCAGACCUGCCAUAAGUAUCAGGUGUCCAUUAGGACCAGCUAAACUCAGUGUAGUGCCUCCUACGGCUUUGCAUAGUAUAGGUAGCGAUGAAGCUUGGGAAGCUGUUAGACCUACAGGAUGCAGUCCACUUUUAGUAUUUGUAAACAGUAAAUCUGGUGACAAUCAAGGUGUUAAGUUUCUUAGGAGAUUUAAACAAUUAUUGAAUCCCGCACAAGUGUUCGACCUUAUAAAAGGAGGACCCGGUCCAGGAUUAAGACUGUUCCGUCACUUUGAUCCGUUCCGGAUACUAGUGUGCAGUGGAGAUGGGUCGGUGGGAUGGGUGCUUUCGGAAAUUGAUCGACUCGGAAUGCAUACGAAACAAUGCCAAGUUGGAGUGCUACCUUUAGGAACGGGAAAUGACUUGGCGCGUGUAUUAGGCUGGGGAUCAUCGUGCGACGAUGACACGCAUUUACCUCAACUAUUGGAAAAAUAUGAGAAAGCAGGCACAAAGAUGCUGGAUCGAUGGAGCAUUAUGACAUUCGAACGCAGCAUAUCUCUGCCAUGUCACAAAGUGACUCUACACCAGCCCGACCCGGCUAUAAAAUCGAGUGUAGUUCAUCAGUAUGAGGACGACGUUCUUGCUCAUAUAACAAACAUUUUGCAAUCCGAUCAAGAGAGCAUAGUUAUAUCUAGUGCCAAAGUUUUAUGUGAAACAGUGAAAGAUUUUGCAACACACAUACUGGAAGCCAGUCUAAACACAGGGGACCAACAAUUGGGAGAAAAAUGCGAAACGCUUCAACAAAAACUUGACUUAUUAUUGCAAACAUUAUCAAAAGAGGAAAACUAUUUGUCCGAUAACGCAGAAGAAAUUGACAUUGGCACUCCAAAUACCGAAACUUUAAACAGCAAUCAAGAGAAAGGUGCUUUAGAAAAGCCAGAGAAGGAAAUGACAAAUUUAAAAAAAGUCAGAAAAAGAAGAUGUUACAUGGAGAGAGAUGCUGUGAUGUCUAGAGCAAAUAGUUUGAAAAGAGCCAUCAGAAAAUUAGUGGAACAUACAGAAUCGGCCGUCGAUGAACAGAAUGAUCCGUCAGACGAGAAACAAAGUAGCAAGAUGCCAAACAUUACCAUAACAUCUGAUAAUCCUUCAAUGAAUACUACGAUAAAUCAGACAUCCGACAAUAUCAGUUUAAUGCCAACUCUAGAAUCUGGUAGCAGCCUAGAGAUAUCACCUUGCCCAAGUCCUACUCCUAAUGUGGCAUCUUUGAGCCCGAUGCCAGAUUUAAGGAGAGACUCGCAACCCGAAGAAUUACUUACUCUGCCUGCUCCCGACGGUUUCGCUGAUAGUAGACGAAACAGCGAAAAUAUGCCCCAAGGAGUUUUCAGUUUUGACUCGCCUGCAGCACAAAUUGCCGGUAGUCAACAAGAAGCGCAAACAUCUGCUUCUAAUGAUAAUUUCCUGUCGUCCGAAUGCACGCAGAUAGAACCUGCUUCCGACAUCCCAAUCACUGUGACAAAGACCACUUUAGAUACAAGUACACCAUCAGACGAUGCGACCAUACAAGACACUAUCGUUUCUCCUGACACAGAUUCACUUCAUUCUAGAAAUAUCUCACCAGAGCAUGCACAAAAACUCGCGAAAAUCAAAUUUGAACCCAGAGGUAGCUGUACCAACAGUAUCAUCAGUACGGAUAGUAUGGUUUCUGACACAUUGGAUUCCAAAAGUUACACCAUUCGAAAUAGCGAAAGUGAAAUCGGACAUAUAGAUAGUGAUAUAUUCGAUUCCACUAAGAGAUCGGAAAGUUCGGAGAUUGGGCACAUUGACUCGCCGGAUAAUUCUGACAUGCUUUCUACGGAGACUCAGCACUCGGAAAGUGGUUUAGAGGAUUUGAGUUCUCUUGGACAGGACGUUAUCAGCGCGAUAAUGGGCGAAAAAUACGAUUCUGUCAGAGAAGGCCUAGAGAUCGAGGAACCGCGGAAAUCUUGCGGUUUAGCUCAAUUUAACGAAGGCAACGAUAUCGCGAGGCAAUCUUUCAAGACAAGAAGUAUAAAGAUGGAUAAGGAGGCAAUGCUAAAUAAAUAUAAAACAGACGGUUUGACGACAUGUGUACGUGUGUCGGGAACUAAAUCGAUACAACCUAUAGAAACAAAUAUAGUAUCCGCGAAGUUCGAUAAUAUUGAAAAGGAGAAAAUGUCUGAUUUGUUGAGUCCGGUAUGCUGUUUUACUGUUUCGUCCGACAACACACAGGCCAACGAAAAAUGCUCUAUAAACUUUCCGCCGCAGAUUAGCGUUAUCAUUGAUCCACCAAGCCCAUCGUUGUCAAUUGAGAGUCAUCACAAACUUAAUUUAGAUUAUAAUCUGGAUCCGCAUGAUAAACAAUAUAGUAGUGGUGGUAGUAUGGAGAGAUUAAGCGUGGAACUGCCCGAAUCGGGUUUUUCUCCGCAAGCUACACGGCGUAUCAGUAGCGGCAGCUUAUUGAAAGCAUCGGAAGUUGUGUCAUUAGCGGCUACUGCUCGUCUAGGUGGUUCAAGUAUGAGCUUGCGCCAUGAAAGAGCGAAAUCUGUUGACAAAACGGAAGAUGCGAAGAAACUUCCGAUAAUAAAUCCCUUGGUCCGAUUGCCGAUGUGGCCAAAUGUAAGUGGUGGAGCUGGUCUUAUCAGUCAAGCGUUGUUGGCAAACGCGGACGCUCUAUGUGCAGCAGUAUCGCCAUUAAUGGAUCCGGACGAAUCAUUGAUGGAAGGUUACUUCGAACGGUGCGUCAUGAACAAUUAUUUUGGUAUUGGCAUAGAUGCAAAGAUCAGCCUCGAUUUUCAUAAUAAGAGAGAAGAGCAUCCUGAGAAAUGUCGAUCGCGCGCUAAAAAUUAUAUGUGGUAUGGCGUUUUGGGAUCUAAACAAUGGUUACAAAAGACUUAUAAAAAUCUCGAGCAAAGAGUGCAAUUGGAAUGCGACGGUCAAAGGAUACCGUUACCUUCUCUGCAAGGAAUUGUCGUGUUAAAUAUACCAAGUUUUAUGGGCGGUACGAACUUCUGGGGUGGUACGAAGGAAGGAGAUUUAUUUUUGGCACCGUCAUUCGAUGAUCGUAUAUUGGAAGUAGUGGCGGUCUUUGGAUCCGUUCAAAUGGCUGCUUCGCGGCUCAUUAACUUACAACAUCACAGGAUAGCUCAAUGCCAGACAAUUCAGAUUAAUAUUUUGGGUGAAGAAGGUGUUCCAAUACAGGUUGACGGUGAGGCUUGGGUUCAACCACCUGGAAUUAUAAGGAUUAUACAUAAGAAUCGUAUGCAAAUGCUUUAUAGAAAUAGGGCGCUUGAGACUUCGUUGAGAGCAUGGGAAGAAAAGCAGCGUAACACAUUAAGCGCCGUAACUCAAUCUACUUCUACUCUAAGCAGUAUUACAUCACAGUCCAGAACGCAUUUGCAGAUAUGUAGUAGACCGUCUCAUUUGAUCGAUGAAGAGCUUAUUAUUCUAUUUAGUUUUAUCGAAGCAGUGACGACUUUAGUCAAAUGGGUAAAACUACUGAUUAUAUCACACCCGAGUUUAGAACCAGAUCUGUAUCAAGUCGCCUUGCGUACAGCAAAUGCGCUUGAACAAGUACAUCCGGAUGGUAAAAUUUUACAAGGGAUGAGCUUGAGACCUAUGGUAACUGAAUUGGUAUCAAGUGCGAGACAAUUAUAUGAAGAAUCUUGCGAGUUGCUGCGCGAUAAAGCUCACAACUUGAGAUUACGAGAGGAUUUGGAAAACAAGCUAUCUAUGUCUUUAGCUACUAUGGAACAGGAAUUACGAAAAUGUAUUUUUGACGAAGCAGGAACAGGACUAGUUUACUUGCAAAACACUCCCGCAGAUGAUCAGGGGGAUAAAAAAAAUCGUCAUCGAGGGUUGUUCUGGUUAAAGUUCCGUCGUUUCGCUGGCAACUCGGGCGCCGCGGGUCAUCCGGCACGAGAUCAAGUUACCACGUGGGGUGUGCAGGAGGUGUGCAGCUGGUUAGAGAACCUGCAACUGGGAGAAUACUCUGACAGAUUCGUGUCCCACGACAUACGCGGCAGGGAAUUGCUAACGCUAGCCCGUCGUGAUCUUAAGGAGCUGGGCAUCACCAAGGUGGGGCACGUUAAACGCAUCUUACAAGCCAUCAAUGACCUCAACAAUUGAAUUUACACGAAUCACGUUCACGUAGAAACGUUAAGUUUUGCACGUUCCGCAGCAAAGAAUACGAACGCGUAAGUAGUUAGAUACCUAGGUAGUGUUUGACACAGUAGCAAAAGAGAGUAUAUCUUCGGCGCAUCAUUCCAAACGAAAAAUAUACGCAACUAUAGUAAAUCGAUAGCAGAGAAGAUAAAAUUUAGAAUUGAAUUCUUGACAAAAAGAGCUAUCGUAAUAAUUCGUAGAACAGGAUAGAUAGAUUAUUAUAUUCUUAUCCUAAAACGUUAAUUAUAAAAUGUGAGAUUUCCAAAACACAUAUACUAAAAUAAUUUAUAAAAGAAGACAAUGUUAAAAGCGAUAAAAGUUAUUAUGGAGUUAUAUCCUUUAACAUUGUCGUAUAGAAGAAAAUCACUUUUUGCCUGUGCCAAAUAUUUACUCUAUACUUGAAAUCAUGAUAAGAAGCAAAGAGAUGAAUUUGUUGUUGUCUCAUCGACACAAAUUUACAACGCAAUUCUAUUUAUAUAUACAUACAUACAUAUAUAUACACAUACAUAUAUAUAGUACAAAAUAUGAGAUAUGUCACAUCUCCCAAGGGGAUGAAUUUUUAUUUCACUCUCUCUUAUUGAGGCAAUCCAUGACGAAAAAGGUUUCGUGUAAACUGUACACACACAUACGGAAUAGAUAAUAUUCUUGUAAAAUAGUAAGUUUUUUACAUUACAAACUAUAUUAUAAAAUAAAAAGUUUACAACAUCUCGGGCAUACAUAUUCAACAAGUAUUGCGUGUAUUUCUUAUUCGAAAUUUAUGAAUCUUACGCGCGGCAUAAGUAUCUUAAACUUGCGAAUGCGACAUUCUUAAAGAAGCGUUUCCUAUUGUCUUUGACGUAUAAGGAUUAAUUGUAUUAUAUCUGUAAUUUUUAACUCUUUCGGUCAAUUUAUUCCGAUUGUCUUUUACAUAUAACUUCAUCGAGAUGUAGUGUGCAAUAUAAAUAUGUACAUAACGGAUAUCUUGUAAUUAUAUACACAGAUUUGACUUUUUCGAUUGUUUGAUGACGUUAAUAAUUAGUUUGAAAAGCAAUGUCUGGGCCAAGCUGUAUAUGAAAGUGAUCCUACAUAUAUCUCCUCUUAUGGCAAUAAACAUGAUAAUUAAGAAAAGACCUAGAGAUGCAAAAUGCAUACAUUAUAGUAGUUCUAAUGAUUAUUAUGUGUGUAUAUGAUACAUAAAGAUACUUUCUUCUUCCGUAUUUGUAGAUCACAACUUGUUAGAGGUAGCUCUUGCUUGUGAGCUUCUUGCCUUAUAAAGCUAGUCUUCAUUUUCUUACCCUUAUAUCUCAGUUACAAAUAUUUAUC